UGGCAUCUACUGUUUUGAGGCAAAACCUUUUUUUUUCGUGUUCUCCUUUAAUUUAGGGUUCCUCGAUAAUGGCGUCGCGCACCUGUGUGUUGGCGUGGGGAGCCGGUGAGGACGGGCAGCUCGGGCUCGGCAAUCUCCAGGACAAGGAUUCCGUGUGCGUUGUCGAUGCGCUGCGCGAUCACAAUGUAGUCAGCGUCGUGGCCGGGAGCCGCAACUCCCUGGCGAUCUGUGAGGACGGCCGGCUCUUUACUUGGGGAUGGAACCAGCGCGGCACUCUGGGGCAUCCUCCAGAGACCAAGACGGAGAGCACGCCGAGCCAGGUCAAGGCUUUGGCAAAUGUGAAAAUUGUCCAGGCUGCGAUUGGAGGUUGGCAUUGCUUGGCUGUGGACGAAGAGGGAAGAACAUAUGCAUGGGGAGGUAACGAGUAUGGUCAGUGCGCUGAAGAGCAGCAAACCAAAGAGCAGCAAAACAAAGGCGAGAGUAAAGUUCUCCACCGUGACAUCACUAUUCCUCAGAGAUGUGCUCCUCGUCUAUGCGUCCGGCAGGUAGCAGCGGGUGGCACACACUCGGUGGUCCUUACAGAGGAAGGACAUGUUUGGACCUGGGGACAACCAUGGCCUCCCGGCGACAUCAAGCAAAUAUCUGUUCCAGUUCGCGUACAGGGAUUGGAGAACGUAACCAUGAUUGCCGUCGGUGCUUUUCACAAUCUUGCGCUGGUCCAACACGGAGAAGUUUGGGCGUGGGGCAACAACGAGUACGGGCAACUUGGCACUGGAGAUACCCAGCCGCGUUCUUCUCCAGUUCCUGUGAAGGGUUUGACUGGACUUGUUCUGGUUGAUAUUGCAGCUGGUGGCUGGCAUUCUAUGGCAUUGACACCUGAUGGAGCGGUGUAUGGAUGGGGGAGAGGAGAGCAUGGACGGCUGGGUUUCGGUGAUGACAAGAGCAGCAAAAUGCUUCCACAGAAAGUUCAUCUUCUAGCUGGAGAGCCAGUUGUGCAGGUUUCGUGUGGUGGCACGCAUUCCGUGGCAGCAACAAUCAGCGGUCGCAUGUUCUCAUUUGGACGUGGUGACCACGGGCGUCUUGGCUAUAGUGGAGCAGUCACGACCGGGCAUCCCGUCGAAGUCCCCGUUUCUCUCCAUCACUACUCGCGGCACAACAUCGUCAGUGAAGACGAGGCCAAUGGUAGUACCGGGUGGGUGGUAAAACUCGUUGCCUGUGGUGGCAGGCAUGCUCUCGCGGUUGCUUCAUGCUAGAAAACUUUUCUUCUUUCUCUUCUGCAAGCCUACGUAAGUCAUUUCAGCCGGAGAAACUUCCCGAGCAGUGUCAUCUUGUGAGGGAGAUCUCUUCCAGAAUGUUGUCAGCAAUACGUAAAUUCUUCCGUGGUUCCGGCACAAACAAACGUGAAUCACAUGUGGCUAGCGAGAACUCCGUAUGAUCUUUACUCGAAUUUCUCGCUCGCUGCUACAAAAAUUUCUCCAGGCAUCAUCGUUUUUGUUUCGAUCUCCCGUGUUCCUUCCAGGAGGAGCUAUAGCUAUUUUCGAUCCUUCCAA